UAAAGUUUUUUUUGUCAUUUCUUUAAGUUUUCAUAUUGAAAAAUAAUCAAAUUUUGAGCAGAUAAUUAUUUCACUAGCCUUAUCGAAUGCUUGACUUGCGAAUAUGCUAAAAUGCUGUAGAUUAUAUUUACAUCUGGGGAACUAAAGUUGUGUUUUUGUGGCCUAUAGGAGUGAAUUACUAAGAAAGAUGUGCAUGUAUAUAUAAAACAGAUUGAUUAGUCACAGGAACUGUGCAGUGUGUGAAUGUAAAUAAGAUUUUAAAAGAUGCAGCCAUGAAGUGAUAAAAAUGAGUGAAGGAAUAUACUAUAUAAAUGAAGGAAUACUGUUUUGAGCUGUGAUAAUUGUACAUGUGAACAUAAAAAUGUGCAAAAAUUUGCUGUAAAAAAGGGGGGUAAUUAACUAAGAUUAAACUUAAACUUAUAAAGGGAGGUAAUUAAGAUUACAGUAGAUCCUGAUUUUAUUUUCGUUUUAAAUCGAAAUCUGUGUAUAAAUACUUUGGUAACUGUGAUAAAACUUGAAACAUGAGUGAUAUAGUAUUAAAUGAGGUGAAACGAUCAGACUCGAACAGUAGUCGGGGUUCAUCGGCUGGAAGUAACCUUUCCUCGGAACCGUCGUCUCCCGGGGAGGCAUUCAGGGACCUAAAACUUCGUAAAACAGGAGGUGAAAUAUUACUGUCUCGAUAUCUUAAGUUUGUGAAUCCAGAACAGUCUGGGUAUGUGGGUUUUGCCAAUCUGCCAAACCAGGUUCACAGAAAGUCUGUGAAGAAAGGCUUCGAGUUCACUCUAAUGGUUGUUGGUGAAUCUGGACUGGGUAAAUCCACACUGGUCAACAGUUUGUUUCUCACAGAUCUCUACCCUGAGAGACAGAUACCUACAGCUAGCGAAAAGAUACAACAGACAGUGAAAAUAGAUGCAUCAACAGUCGAAAUUGAAGAACGAGGGGUCAAGUUGCGACUGACUGUUGUCGACACGCCAGGGUUUGGCGACUCAUUAAAUUCAGUAGACUGUUUCAAGCCAAUUAUACAGUAUGUAGAUGAUCAGUUUGAGCGAUAUUUGAAUGAUGAGAGUGGACUGAAUCGCCGACACAUUAUAGACAAUCGUGUUCAUUGCUGUUUCUAUUUUAUAAAUCCAUCAGGACAUGGGUUACGGCCAUUAGAUAUAGCAUUUAUGAAAGCAGUUCAUCAUAAAGUCAAUAUAGUUCCAGUUCUUGCCAAAGCGGACACAUUAACUAAGAAAGAAGUGCUGAAUCUCAAGAAAAAGGUUAUGCAACAAAUAGAGCAAUAUGGAAUCAGUCUGUAUCCACUUCCUGACUGUGAUGACGAUGAAGAUGAGGAUUAUAAAGAACAGUGUCGACAACUUAAGGCAGCAGUGCCGUUUGCAGUAGUAGGUUCAAACACAAUCAUUGAGGUGAAAGGAAAGAAGGUCAGAGGUCGAAUGUACCCAUGGGGUGUUGUAGAGGUGGAGAACCCAGAUCACUGUGAUUUCAUCAAACUUAGAACUAUGCUUAUAACGCAUAUGCAAGAUUUACAAGAAGUAACACAAGAGGUACACUAUGAAAACUUCCGUGCAGAAAGACUUGCUUCAGGUGCUCCUAUGCCAGCUAAAAAACCUAGUUCCCGACGCCGUCAAGUUGAGGAGCCAACAGAUCGAACUCAAAAUAGAAAUGACAAUCAAGUAGACCAGAGAGAACAAGCUCUUCAGGAAAAAGAAAAGGAGCUGCGGAGAAUGCAGGAGAUGUUGGCCAAAAUGCAAGCCGAGAUGGAUGCACAGAAAGGUGGUACACAAAAUGGUGUCCGUUCACAUAAUGUAUAGUAGAUAGAUAGUGGUUACAGUUUUACAGUAUACAAGCCUCAACUACAGCAUAAUGAUCAAAUGGACUGCUGAAAGGAAGUUAUGCCAUUGGCAAUACAACAUACAUAAUGAUAACAGACUCUGAACUUUUGUCUUUCUUAACGGUAGAACUUUUGUUACCGAAAAUGAUCAGUUGAAGAGAGUUACUUCCCGUAUUACCAUCAGUUGUUUUUUGCAAAGGAAAUUAUUAACAGCUUGAUCAAAUUGAUUUUGUGUUCCUCUUUGAUAAAAUUUUUUUAUUGUUCCAAUUCAAAUUGACCUUUCCUGCAAAAAUUGUACAUGCAUUCAUCUAUAAAUUUAUUAUUUAUUAGAAAAAAAAUUUUUUGAACAGGUAAAGCAGCCCACGCAACAAGUUUUCAUUACACAUAAUAGAAUCGUCACUUUUUACUUUAAACUAGACGUGCAGAGUUGUGUUCCUGUUACACUUGUAGUCUUUAUAGGAAAGGUCUUUUUUCAAUCGGAAUAUAAAAAUAAUGUGAAAAUUUGAGUUUGUAAUUACAAGAACAUGUUUUAUAUUUUCAAAUUACCGUUUGGUUAAUCUAAGUCAUGUGUUUAUACCAUACAGUUUAGUGGUCCAAAUUUUUAAUUUUCUUUAUUUUAUAAGAUACGUGUUUCUACUGCCGAAACAGGGUCCACAUUUUUCUUUUUUCGUAUAUGUUUUGUUAUGGCCAUUAUUUGAAUUCAUUGUCAAUUUCUACCAAAACGAUUAAUAUUAAGUGUAUUAAAUGUUAAUUUUGUCAUAUAGGAGUGUGUCUACAGAAUUUUAAUUUGUCAGGAGAGAAAAAUGUUGUUUUGUAAUAAAAACACAAAUUUUAGCACUUUUACAUUACAAGAAAGUAGGAAUUGUGAAAUUGAGCCAUAUGUUUUUCAUUAAAAAGAAGAAAAAAAAAACACAGAAAAAAAAACAACACAUUUUUGAAUAUGCAUGGCCUAAACCUACAGUUUUUGUACAUUUUUCAACAUUUAAAAUUCAUCUUGUAUGCUAAAGGAACAGAAUGCUUGAAUAAGUGUAAAGUAUGUAUAUCAGAUCUCUUUAACCAUUUAUAGCACUGCUGAUAGUGUCUUUCAAACAUAACAUAAAAAAUGAAAGCGGUAAGCCGAAUGAAAAUAUUUUUUUAAAGAAUUUCCGGGUAGUUCAGGAGUUGCUGUACAUUUCCCAUUUGUUGUUUCAUUGAGUCGGUGUAUUACAGUAAAGAGGGAUUAAAAUCUGCAUAGAACUGGUGUAAGUGGAAGCUUAGUAAACUCCAGUAACACCAACAUAUUUUUUAAGUGAAGGAAAAUCUUCAGUCAAUAUUGUCUAAAUACAUUGAUUUCGGUUUUCUCUCUAUUCUGUAUAUGUUUUGUUUUGUAUCAAAUAGUGCUUGAAUGCUUUUUUAGGAGAUUGUUUUUAUACUGAAGAUUGUUAGCAGUAAGUGACAGAAAUUUUGUGAAUGUGUAUGAAUCUCUUCCCAUGUUUGACUGAUAUUUUUAUGUUGUUUUUUUAUGUGACUGCAUGUACAUAAUGUUGAUUCCUGUGUUAAGUAAGCCCACCAAGGCCACUGUUUAGAUGUUCACACUUUAUCUUAUAGUAUACACUUAUUAAACAGCAAGCCAUUUAAUAAGUGCUUUAUUACAUGACAUGAUAAAUAUAUAAACCGUGCCAUGGGAAAACCAACAUAGUGGCUUUUUGACCGGCAUGGAUUCAGACCAGCCUGCGCAUCUGUGCAGUCUGGUCAGGAUCCAUGCUGUUCGCUUACGGUUUCUUUAAUUGCAAUAGGCUUGAAAAGUGAACAGCAUGGAUCCUGACCAGACUGCGUGGAUGCGCAGGCUGGUCUGGAUCCAUGCUGGUCGCAAACCCACUAUGUUGGUUUUCCCAUGACACGGCUCAUAUUUUCGCCGAUUUUUUUCCUCAAGCCAACCAACAGGUCUGGAAUAUAGACCAGUCAUAAAGCACAAGCUAUGACCUGGCGGUUUAUUUCAGGGGUCAUGUAAUAAAGUAGUAAGGCAUUCAGAGGUCUUGAACAGUUUAUAGAAAAAAACAUGUACACUACUGAAAGUGGUGGCAGAAAACUUAGCAUGAAUUCGUCUGAUUGAAAUUUGAAACUUGUCUGAUGAUCAGUUCACAGUUGUAAAUGUUCUUUGUAAGUAAGAAUUCUAUAGUGUCAGAAAUUUCUUUCAUAGUAAGAGCUACGUUGUACAAAGUUUUUUUGAACGCAAUGGCUGUAUUUUCAAAUAGAGGAUAUUGGGUAAUUUUUUUUGUCACUAUUUGAUAGACAGCGUCCAUAUUUAUGUCAUCAAGAAUUUGACCUACAUUUUUUAUUAAAUUUGUUGAAGAUACUGCUGUUUAAUAUUAACAACAAUUUUUAAGUUUGGUGUGGCUGAGAAUUUUAAAUGAAAAUAAAACAAUCAUGACUAUAACCUUACCUAGGUCUGAGCAAAUAGAAGAAUUUAGAAUUUUUAUGUCUUAAUCUUUAGUCUGCUGGCGGCAAGUGAUACUGCUUUUGCAAUCAGUGCAGACCAAGAUCAGCCUGCACAUCUGUGAAGGCUGAUCAUGGUCUGCACUGUUUGCUAUUCAGUGAGUAAAUUUUCAGUGAACACCCCUUUUAUAAACAAGUGGUACUUCCCAAAUUGAAUGAUAGACCAAUCCAUUUUGGAAAUUCAGCAGGGUUAAGGUUAUGUUUAAAGUUGAGACUUGUGUAUGAGCCCAGCAGACAUUAUUUGUAUAUCUGUGUAUGAAGUAGAAAACAAGUGCUGCUGUUUUAAUUCCAACUGUAGGGCUAUGCGACCAGUAUGUGUGCAGUCUCAUCUUGAUCCAUGCUGUUCACUUAUCAGUUGCAUACAAGUGCUGAAAUUGAUAAACCAAUAGUAUGGAUGUGGCAAUAAACGCACAGUAUGGAUGUUCUUGGAAAAGGAUCCUUGCUGGUCACAGAGCCCUAGCAUUGGUUUUUCACACAGUAGCGCUUAUUUUAACUACCUGCUGCCUUUGCAGGCGUGUCGUGCUCAGAAUGAAAUGUGUAGAUUUAGUCCUGUAUCAUUGUACAUUGCUGAAUUAUCAUACAUUGUAUAAUAUGAAGCUAAGCAACUGCAUGUAUAGCAUUUUGUGUGCAAUAUUUUUUUGUUAUGAUUACUGCAACUUAAAAUUUUCUUUCUGUAAUGCAUAGUUCAUAGAAAAGGACCUCCAUCUGUACUGAUGUUUUAUAUAUUUUCACUUAGAAAUAUAAAACAGUAUAUUGUCGUAUUGAUAAGAAAGUUAAAAAUCUGCCUGUUAUUUAGGCUGCAGACCUGAGAAACUAAUACUGUAAAAUCGUUUAAUAUCGUGGGCAUGAAAUUUCGCAGUUUUGGUCAAAACGGUAAUUUCGUGGGAUUUUGAACAUAAAAUGAAUGGGAAUUUUACUUGUUCGUUCGGAUUAAAUUUCAUGGAUUGACACAAUCACAAAAUCCACGAAAAUUAGUCCCCCUUGCAUAUUAAUGAUUUCACAGUAUUACAUGGAUUGUAUCCGUAUUCCAGAAAAUGAUUCUUUGUAUUAGUGGCCUAUUUAGACUGCCAUACAUCAUCAUCCCUCAAAAUAUGUUUCUUUUUUACAUUUUUUCGAUCAAACACAAAACUAUGAAUCCUACUUAUAAUGAAUGAAUCUUAACAGUUACAGAACAACUAUAGUGCUGGUAUUUACUUAGGAACUGAAUUAAUUUUUUUUUAAAUAUAGGGUUUAUUAGAAAGAGGCUGUUCAUUAUGGAAUAUACGGUAUUCUUAAAAAAGUGCCAUCCAAAAGUGGUUUUUGUCUUCCAUUUUAGUUGUUUUAUUUUUCUACAAGACUUUCCUAUACAUUGAAGUGCUUGAAUGUUUCCAUCUUUUCUAACGUGUUCAUAGUUUUGUUUCACUGAUGUUUCAACUUAAGAAAGGUCUGUUUAUUGAUAAUUUUAGUGUAAGUAUAAACAGUGUCCACCGUUACAUACUGAAAUACUGUUGAAAAAUGGCGUUAAACCCAAAACAAACAAAAUUUGAAAAAAACAAAAUAAUGGCAAUAUUACAUCCUAAGACUGGUCUUCAAACUAUAUUUUAUAAAACUGUGUUAGGAGAACCAGUCUUAGAAGGAUGUGAUGUCAUUGGUCAGUUUCAAGAUUGAGCUUAAAAUCAACCAAUCAGAUGCUGGAAUGCUCAAGACUGGUCUCCAAACUUAAAUUUAUGAACUUUGGAGACCAUGUUGUAGAAGCCAGUAAUCAAAUAUGAACACUUUUUGUAUCUGUUACAAACUGAGGCUAGAAGCCGAACAUUAGAUUACAACAUUUACUGCUUUAGACAAGCAUUAGACAUAAUAGUGCCUUCUGUAUAGCAAAAAAACCAAACAAAUCUGAUUUUUUCAUAGCUUGUAAUUUCUCUUGUAUAAUCUUGUAUCUAUUACAUGCCUGCUGUAUUUAAGUCAUAUUGAAAUCAAACAUUUAUAUAUACAUGAUGUAUAAAAUGCAUUGUAGUCUCUUUUACUUCAAAUAUUAAAACAAUGAGAAACAUC